CGACGGCCUCUGCCCUCGCUCCUCUGACGGCCGACUCGCCCUUCACAGCAUACACACUCGCAUACACACGGCCUUUGCCUCUUCGAUCGCCCUUUUCUUCACAGCAGCAGCAGCAGCAGCAGCAGCAGCAGACUUGAGGAUGUCGAGCGUCAGCGAGUCAGUGCGAGAAUGCUUCGGGUCCGUCGUAGGCUCAUGCUUUGGCACUCGUUCGUCUGCCCUCGACGACGAGCAACGACAGGGCCUGCUGCGCGACGAGGCACCGUCGUAUGACGACUCGGACGCCAUCUCGCUCUUGAGCAAUAUUGCCGAUCGCAGCCGACGGCGAGGUGCUGCAAGGGCAAGGCUCAGGGGCACCUCGGUCGCCCAACGUUGGGGUUUGGUCCGGGAUGGCCAAGCAAUCAUGGCGUGUGGCCUCUUUGGGCGUCCCAAAGGCCAGAUUGAUCAGGGGCAACAGCAGCAACUCGGUCGAGAAGGCCGACGCCACCCACCACACCAUCACGAGAGGGAGAGGAGUAUCGACAGCGUCGACGCGAGCAGCAGCAGCGUUGGCGACAGCGAGGGGCAAGCGGUAGCCGAAAGUGGCGACGAGGAUGCAGGCAUGCUCAACGACGACGCCAUUGCUGAGCUGAGCCAUUCGAGGGAGCAAGAGGGGGAGGAGAGGGAGGAGGGCGGGAAAGGCGACGAGGAAGAGCUUUCCAAGCAGGAGCAGGCUCGGCUUGAAGAAGAGGAAGCCCAAAGAAUCAAAGUGGAGCACGAGAAGGCAGCGGCAGAGGCAGCCAAGAGAAAGGCGCAACUCGAAGAGGAGGCAGCCGCAUAUAGAGUGGCGCAAGAAGAGCAAGCAGCUCGAAUGAAAGAAGAGGAGGAAGCCCUGGCCGCGCAGGAGGAGGCGGCUAUCGCCAAGGCUCGUCGAAGGGCAGAGAGGAAAGCCGUCAAGGAAGGCCUGGCCCGGAUCAAGACAGAGGCGGAGGCUGCCCGGCAGAGCAGGAAGCUGACAGAGGCAGAGGCAGAGGCUGCCGCCGGAGGCUUCGACUUUGCAGAAGAGGGCGCGCCCGAAGACGACGCAGCGGCAGCGGCUUCGAUUGCUGACGACUAUCACGGCGAAUACCAGCAUUACCAGCCCGAAAGCGGAGAGUGGUCGCAGGAGCAAGAACAGCAGUACGGUCUCGCUCGCGGUCCCGAGGGCUAUGGCUUCUACAACGAAGGUCCGUCGCCACAGGAGCAGCAGGAAGUGAUCCACCAUCACUACUACUACCAUGACCAGCCGUCAACCUCAUCUCCCCAACCGUCCCACGACCUCCUUUCCCCACACCAAUUCCUACCUUAUGACCACCAACAGCAGCAGCAGCAGCAGCAGCAGCAGCAGAGUGAAGAGAUGGCCAUUGCUGAUGAAGAAGAGAACGAGGACGAGGACGAGGACGAAGAUGAGGCCGACAUUGCUGGGCUGGCGUUUGGCAAAAAGGCAAGACGCCGCAACAACAAGGACCGGGAGCGUGGGGGAAGCUACAGCCAAUCGCAAGCAAGUCGAAGCCACGACGGCUCUGGGUCACGGAGGAGCGGGUCCAAUGCUGGCAGUAGCAGCCGGUACACGAGACACCGGCAAGAUCAGCAGAGGCUGAAUCCCGUCCUGCCUUCGCCAGAGCUUCCCAGCAGUGCAGGCAGUGGUAGCAACAGCAACAGCGGUACUAGAAUGUCGUACCGGGACAAGCCUCGACGGCACGAGCGGACUGCAUCAAGAAGCACAGGUUCGUCAUCGGCUGCGGCGAGAGAGGGCCCUGCCUCGGCUCGCGGCGUAGCCAAUGGCAGAUCGCCAACGAUUACAAGUCCCCUCGCAGGCGUUCACGAAGCAUUGCCGAAAAGUGACAUGGUCGUGGACGAAGCAGCGGCCGAUGCAGCGGCUGGAGGAUUCGACGACUUUGCCCCUCCGUCGUCCGCGCCGGGUGAGAUGCAGGACGAAACAGGUUUCAUGGCUCAAAAGCCCUCCUACAGGGACAAGAAUAGACGCAGGGAGGGACCCAAGUCUUCCUCUUCGGCUUCUUCGUCGUCUGGAAGGAGACAGGCGGCUAUGAACAGCACUCCUUUCUCUAAAAGACAGUCCGAUACAGACCGACAGCCAAGUGAUGAGCCCGACGGCAUCUGAUCCCAUCUUCUUACACAAUCAUACCCAAACUUGUUGACUUCAAUGCACAUAUCAUCUCUCAAUUCCACGAGCAUCC